UCCUCAGUGCAGAACGUUACCAACAACCCUGCAGCAUGGAGCAGCUCAACUUCACCGUGGUUGAAUCGACCUCCUCGUCUCCUGGAUUUCCACCUGAUGUGGUCCCUGCAGUGCUGCUGUCCAUCUGCUUCGUGCUGGGAGUUCCUGGAAACAUCGCCGUGGUUCUUCUCAGACACAAAUGGCAGCAUCUGUCCGGAAUGAGCCACAGUUUGAUGCUGAAUCUGGCUUUUUCAGACCUGCUCUGCCUGCUCACCCUCCCGCUGUGGAUUUACAGUUUGCUGUACAGCUGGACCUUCGGCCUGGAAGCCUGCAAGGUGGUCAUCUUCCUGUCAUACUGCAGCGUUUACGGCAGCCAGCUGAGUGUGACGAUGGUGAGCGUCCAGCGCUACCUGAUGGUUGUGAGCCCGACGAAGUGCCAACAUCUUGGAGGGAAGAGGCUGCUGGUUGUGGUGUGGCUGGUUGCAGCGCUGCUGUCCAUCCCUUCAUACGUGUUUCAACAGCUGUUCGUAUAUCAGAACUGGUCAGAAUGUACGCGUCUCUAUUCCCCCAGUGCUAACAGUGUGGCUGCACUGCUGACCGAAUCCGUGGUGGGAUUCAUUCUGCUUUUUGUCAUGGCGUUUGCUUACAUCCACAUCAGCAGAAAGGUGAAGCGGCAGACAAACCGACUGGUCACCAGCAUCAUCGUGACCUCUUUUAUCCUGUGGGUGCCGUAUCACACCCUGAAUGUACUCGGCAUCGCUGCCGUUUCUCUCAACAUCAGGGAUUUGUGGGACUUUUUCCACAAAGCCUUUGGAAUUACCGUCGCUGUAACAUUUGUGAACAGCUGCCUGAAUCCACUCCUGUAUGCGUUUGCUUCUUACAACAUGCGCCAAAGAACCACGACAGAUCAUUCAGCUGCCGUCACCACGGUUGAAGAGCUGAAAGAGUGACAUCACCGAGAUCAAACCAUCAACAGUUUCUGCUUGAAUCUCUCUGCUUGGCCUCAUUUCCUCAUAAAAGAAAGUAUAAAUAUUUUCAGUUACAUUUGUGAAAUAUAAGCUUGACGUAUCAAAUACUUUCUAAGGAGAAACUUCAAUAAAUUGUUGUAUAAUUUCAGCUUGUGCUUGAACAGCAAUAUCUCAGAAAUUAUUAAAGAUAAAAGCCUGAAAGUC